UGGUAGGCAUUACACAGGAAGAGAGUCGUGUAGGAAAAAAAGAAACGGGACGCCCUCCUCUUCCUCCUCCUCCUCCUCCUCCUCUUCUCUUGGCGGAUAACGGUGUCCAAGAAGUUAUCCAGGACCGACGCAGACAAUAGUCUUAUCUUGCGGGCUUUGCUACGCGUCCAUCACUACUUAUUAAUGCUGUCCGCGUCCGUAUUGUGUCACACAAAGAGGGAAACACUCGGCUGAAAUCAUAUCAUGGACGAUUUGGGAGUGCCUGAGCCACCUAACUACCCUCUCAGUCCUCGUAUUGUUGUGUUUGAUGCCCUCCUUGCUGAUCUGGAGAACACCGGCUCUCCUCUAGCUCGGUGCCCUGUCCUGCUCACCUCUGACCCUCCACAAAAUGCCGAUGCUCCCACCGAGGACACCACCCAAGCCCGGCCACCGCCGCCCGCCUACACCCCGCAGCAGACUGUUUCUUCUGCAAUGAAAUCUACCCAGAACUCCAACCCAGACAAAUUAUACAGCACAGUGUGUAAACCGCGCUCUCCCCGCACAACAGAUCCUCCCCCAGCCUUCUCCUCCUCCUCGCUGUUGGGUGGAGGUCUGAGUGAGCUGGACCAUCUGUUACAGGAGCUGAAUGCCACCCAGUUCAACAUCACAGAUGAGAUCCUUGCCCAGUUCCCUUCUUCUAAGAAAGAUGAGAGGGACAAGAUUAAGGAUAAGGCCACGACCUCCUCUUCCAGCUCUGCGAAACCUUCAGCAACAUCAGCCACACUGGAAUUGGACAAACUGAUGGCUUCCCUGUCAGACUUCAGAGUCCAGAGCACGCCAACGCCAGCCAACCCUGUCACCCCAGUGGUGACAGCGCCACAGCAGCAGCCCGCCACCCCACCACAGCCCUCAUCUGGCGGCUCAUUGGACAGCAUGCUGGGUCUGCUUCAGUCAGACCUGAGCCGACAAGGAGUUCAAACAUCGUCCAAGGGAAACUGUUCAGCUUGUCAGAAGCCAGUGGUAGGACAGGUGGUAACAGCUCUUGGGAAGGUGUGGCACCCGGAGCACUUCGUGUGCACUGAGUGUGAGACAGAGUUAGGCAGUCGCAACUUCUUCGAGAAGGACGGACGGCCAUACUGCGAGUCGGACUACUUCACGCUCUUCUCCCCUCACUGCGCACAAUGCAACAAGCCCAUUCUAAAUAAAAUGGUCACCGCUCUGGAUAAGAACUGGCACCCAGAGUGUUUCUGCUGUGUUAAGUGCAGCCGGGCGUUUGGAGAGGAAGGUUUCCAUGACCGUGAGGGCCAGCAGUACUGCCAGCAGUGCUUCUUGACUCUGUUUGCUUCCCGCUGUCAAGGCUGCAGCCAGCCCAUUCUGGAAAACUACAUCUCAGCACUCAACUCCCUCUGGCACCCACAGUGCUUUGUGUGCAGGGAGUGCUACAGCCCCUUCGUCAAUGGCAGCUUCUUCGAACACGAGGGUAACCCUCUGUGUGAGGCCCACUACCACCAGUCCCGUGGCAGCAUGUGUCAGGCCUGCCAGCAGCCAAUCCUCGGCCGCUGCGUCACCGCCAUGGGGGCCAAAUUCCACCCCCACCACCUUGUGUGUCACUUCUGCUUGAAACCCCUGAGCAAAGGCUGCUUCAAGGAGCAGGAGAACAAACCCUACUGCCACCCCUGCUUCAUCAAACUCUUUGGUUGAGGACACAGCAGGACGUUGCAGGACGUUGCAGAGCCUCCUCCUCUUCCUCCUCCUCCUCCUCCUCCUCCUCCUCUGGGUCACCAAGUGAAGAAGCUGUUAUGACUCUGAGUUCUCAGUUUGUUUGUUUUUUUUACUGUGGGAAUGAGGGUGGAGCUGGUCUCUUUCUUGGUUUUAAGAAUAUUAGAGUUGAUAGAGGGAGGGGAAUAAAAAGAGAAUCAUGCAACCCAAUUAAUUUCUGUUUAUUUAAAAAAAAAAAAGAAAAAAAAAAAGUGGACUGUGUUUAGACUGGCAGUGUGAAAUAUGACUCCAACAUUUGUUAGACAGAUAAAAAAUGAUGCCAAAGGAUUUUGUAUGUAUAGUCUUUUACAUAGUGUAUUGAUUCAAAUUGAAUACUGAAAAUUGAAUUCUUUUGCCAAAGGUAGAAACGAAACAUUAUACUGAGAGAAAAUGUAUUGUUUCAGUGAAGGAUUUGUACUGUUGAGCAAGGAAAUCCCCUUUAAUAUAUUUGCUUUAUAUUGCAAAACGUAUAAGUGCCACUGCGAUUUGCAUUUAUAUAUUGUACGCUGACUGCUAUAUACUGUAUGUUUUUGUGUACGCUGUCAUAUGUUUAAUGUCAGAUAUUUUGCAUUAUUCUUUCACUAUUGCCCUAUGCAAUUUGCUAAAAACAAUUCCAAAGAAUAAAGGAGAACACAAUUUG